AUGGAGAAACUAACCAAGUCUCAUGAUAAGAGUACUCAUGAAAAGGAUCAUAUGGUGAAGGUGAAUGAUAACAUUGAUAAUGGUGUCCGUGUUUAUGAAGGCUCUAUUACUAUGAACAAUGGAGUUCAUGCUGGGUUUGAACAAGUUAUUGAAGAUACUACUGAACAUGGUGAUCCCUACAAAAAUAUGCUGAAGAGAAAGUAUGUAAAUUGGAUAGCCACUGAAAUAAAGACUCCAAGAGAAGCUCUGACAUUUGAAGAAAGUAAUCAGGGGUUGAAUAAAAUAGUUGAUAACAAAGAGAUUCUCUCAAUCAAAAUGUCCUUCUAUCAUGAGGAAAACAUGAUGAAGAGGAAGUGUUUGUUUCACAAGAAGAUAGGUCUAGAAAGGAAGUUUUCCAAAGAAGUUUUGACAUUUGAAGAAGUUGUGCAGUUGUUAGAGAAAGUGUGUGAUAGACAGGAAUAA